AGUAGACAGAUGGGAGUGGAUAAACUGUUCUAUCUUCAUUCUCUCCUACAGAGCAGAGCUCAAAUACGGUGUGAUAUGGUAGCUGGUCAUGAAUCUAUAGGAAUAUCAGAGCAUUCCAAAGCCACGGAGGUUUGAUGUCGCAACAGCUGGAAAUGUAUGUUACAACAACUUGAAAUUGAAGAAGAAUGAUGUGUUCAGGUGUGUCUUUGAGGGUGAUGAUACUGGCAGCUCUCACCGUUCCCAUCAUAGUCCAAAGUCCUGAAACCUUCACCUUGAUGGUCCCAAACGGUCCAAUCCUGACCUGGUUGAACUCCUCCGUUUCUUUAUCUUGUGAACUUUCACCUCUCUUCAAUGCGGAGCCAUUGGAGGUGCGCUGGUACAGGGCCAAAGACUUUGACUCAACUGCCUUGUUGUACAAAGAUCAUAAGAUCCAGGAGGCCUCUGUGGACCCCCGUUACAGGGGCAGGGUGUCUCUAACUGGGGAGCUGGAGAGAGGGAAUUUGUCCCUGACACUGGAGAGGGUCACACUGGAAGACAGGGGGGAGUAUGUGUGCUAUGUUAGCAGUGAACAGUGGUACGACAAGGCCAUUGUACUCCUCACAGUGAAUGUAACAGGUAGUGAACCAGUUCUCUCUGUUGCUGAAGCAAGAGGAGGAGGAGGUCAGGUGAACGUUACCUGUUCAUCAGAGGGUUGGUCACCACAACCUACACUCACCUGGAGAAACAAAGACGGGACAGAGAUCAGACAUGGACAAGUACUCAACACCACUGAUUCUCAGGGCUUGUUGAGUGUCAGUAGCUGGCUGCUGUAUUCUCCCUCAGAUUCUGAUUGGCUCUCCUGUACAAUCUCUCUGUCUGGGGAGAAGAGAGAGAGCAGAAUCAUGCCAAGAGCUCCAAUGGAAGGACAUUGGAGCCUUGGUGCCUUCAUGACAUUACUGUUCAUCAAUCUACUAGUAAUCUUUACUCUAAUUGGACUCUUCAUCUGGAACAAAAAAACAGGGUCUAUCAGGUUGUCAACAUCAGAGAAAGAUGACAAUGCAGAGGGUAAAACAGAGUCUAAUGAGAGGCCAGCAGAAGAGGCAAAUCUUCUUGAAGAAGGUGUAAAGAAAACUGAUAUGGAAACAGAAACACAGACAGAAUUUUUCCUAAAAGAAAGUGCUACGCAAACUGCACUGAGAGAAUCAUUCCCAAAAGUGGACAUCACUUUGGACCCACUGACUGCUCACUCUUCGCAAGCGGUGUCUUGCUGUAAAAAGAUGGUUCAUUGUAAAAAAGGAGAUCAUGCUUCCACAGCUCAUUUUGUCCUUAGUGAGAACAAAUUCAGCUCAGGACAGAUAUACUGGGAAGUGGAGGUGGAUUCAAAGUGUAAACAGACAUGGUAUGUUGGGGUAACCACCACAGACGCAGCCCAGAUUAAUAAGGCUAUUGUCCCCUUAAAACCUGGGAAUGGUUUCUGGGUUCUUCGCUAUAAAAAAGGAAAAGGUUAUUGUGUCUCUACAGACCCUCCAACACCAUUCUCUGGAAAUGAAAACCUUGAAACACUGGGAGUGUUCUUAGAUUGUGACAGACAGAUUCUUUCCUUUUAUGAUGCUGAUUCAGCAGUACAUCUGUACAGUUUUGCUGACGUGUCAUCUAACUCUAACACAUUCUUUGCUGUAUUUAGCCCUGGAUUCGACACAUUUCCCUUAAAAAUUCAAUGAUUGUAGAUGACAAAGGUGCAAACUUCCCACAACAAUAAUCAUGUUAGAUAUUACUGAACAAAAAAUAGUCAGUAUAAUCAAAUCCAAUUUUAUUCGGCACAUGCAUCGAAUACAACAGGUGUAGACUUUACCAUGAAAUGCUUAUUCAUGAGCCCUUUCCCAACAAAGCAGAGUUAAAAAGAAAACAAUUAGCAAAAACAGAAGGAAAUAUUAACACAAUAAAAUAACAAUAAUGAGGCUAUAUAGAAGGAUUACCGGUAUCGAGUCAAUGUGCAGGGGUACGAUGUAGUUUAGGUAAUUGAGGUAAUACGUACAUGUAGGGGGGGUAAAAAUGACUAGGCAAUCAGGUUAGAUAAUAAACAGAGAAGCGCAGCAGUAUAUUUGAAGAGUGUGAAGGAGUUUGUGUGUUUGGGAUCAAUGUGUGUGUGCGUGUGUUGGGAGUGUCAGCGUAGUGUGUGUGAGUUGUGUCCAGUGAGCGUGCAUAGAGCCUGUGCAAGAGAGUCAGUGCAUAAAAAAGGUGGUCAAUGCAAAUAGUCCGGGUAGCCAUUUGAUUAACUGUUCAGCAGUCUUACGGCUUGGAGGUAGAAGUUGUUCAGGAACCUUUUGGUCCCAGACUUGACACUCGGUACUGCUCGCCGUCCGGUAGCAGAGAGAAUAGUCGAUGACUUGGGUAGCCGGAGUCUUUUGACAAUUUUUAGGGCCUUCCUCUGACACCGCCUGGUAUAGAGGUCAUGGAUGGCAGGGAGCUCGGCCCCAGUGAUGUACUGGGCUAUCCACACUACCCUCUGUAGCGCUUUGUGGUCGGAUGCCAAACAGUUGUCAUACCAAGCGGUGAUGCAGCCAGUCAAGAUGCGCUCAAUGGUGCAGCUGUAUAACUUUUUGAGGAUCUGAGGGCCCAUGCCAAAUUAUUUCGGCGUCCCGAGGGGGAAUAGGCGUUGUCGUACCCUCCUCAUGACUGUAUUGGUGUGUUUGGACCAUGAUAGGUUGUUAGUGAUGUGGACACCGAGGUUCACCGUUGAUGUUUCCUCUAAAAGCUUAUUAUAACUGAGACACUAACAAAAAAUUGUAAGACAUACAUUUAAAUGCACACAUACAAUUAAACACUUACAAAUGUCAAUUGAAAAUGUUACUUGAAAUCCUAAUCAAUACCACUCAGUUGUAUCAAUGUUAAAAUAUAUGUCGAUAUUUGAUCACAAUAACAUCCUCCGCUGAAGUGUAAAUCAUUUUCUACUACAGCCAGGUCCUAAAUCAUUGGCACCCUUGAUAAAGAUGGGCAAAAAAGUAUGUAUACAAAUAAAGUACAAAUACUGAGCCAAAUUGAGUGCUAAAAAAGUGAAAAUUAUAUUAUUUUAUACUAAUACAAUUGCUCAGAGAAGUUGAUUUUUGUAAUACAAAAAAAAUCUCAAAAAGAUGGUUGUAAAAAUUAUUGGCACCUCUGUAUUCAAUACUCCAGCAUUGUCCUACUGCGAGGAUAAUAGCACUGAGCCUUAUCCUAAAAUAUUUGUAUUUCCUCCAUACAGAAUCUUUCCAGAUCCUUGAUAUCCUUCGUUUGCUCUUAUGGACUGCCCUCUUCAAUUCAAACCACAGGUUUUCAAUGGGGUUCAAGUCCAGAGACUGAGAUGGCCAUUGCAUAAUGUUGAUUUUGUGGUUAAAUUCACAAUUUCUUUGUGGAUUAUGAUUUGUGCUUGAGGUUAUUGUCUUGCUGGAAGCUCCACUUGAGGCCAAGUUUCAGCCUCCCUGCUCCUUAACUUUGGCAAUACAUGAGGUAGGCUAUACAUUAAUAGAUACUAUAGGGACUACUGUCCCAGAAAGAUCAGACUAGUUACAGCAAGUAUGAGCAACAAAACCAAAAGAGAAAGGUAUCAUCUCUCACCAAUUCAACCUAAAAUGUCAUUGUGAUUGAGUCAUCUGUUUUAUCCAUUGUCUAAUGCAACGUUUACUAAUGUAAAGAUAAAGAAAGCAGAGAUCAUGUACAAAAUGUACUUUGUUUUACAGGGUGAUAUAAUGAUGCAGGGAGCAAACAUGGGAUGAUUUUGUGAAAUGCGGUAGAUUUGCAAGCAUCUCUGUUUUUAUCCCUCUCUGUACCCUGGUGCAGUGGAACAAUUCUUGUUCAGCCUCAGUGCAGCAUGAUUCUGGAUAGCUGAACUCCUGUAAAUAGUGAAAGGACAUGUAGAUAUCUAUGGGACGUUGGUCAGACUGAAAAUGAUUUAUCCAAUGUGCAGAGGUAUGUGAUAACACUAGGCUUGUUGUCAUAAUUUUUUGGGGGGGAGGAGGAGUAUUUCAUCUUUAAUAUUUCAUAUAGAUUGUAGCUUCUAUCAAUGUAAUUAUCUGCGUCAUUAUAUUCAUGUUACUUACUAAUUUCAUACUAGUGUUCUUUUGUGUUUUCCUACUUAUUGUUAUUCAAAAGGAACUCGUACAUCUAUCUUUGUUGCAGGUGCAUGGUAACAGUUGGAUAGGAUGAGAAAAAAGAAGAAACCCACACACUGCUCUUGCUAGUAUCACUGCUCUUUAUUAAGCUUUACGUAUCAGAGCUUUACAAAAAUACAUAAACUAAAUGAUUUUAACUUAACAGUGGUCAUCUAUUCAGAUGACCUCUUUACCUUUACCUUAUAUGGAGUUUAAAGCUCUGAUGAUUGCCGUGAGGCCGAUACGCAAAGCUUAGUAAAGAGCAGUGAUACUAGCAAGAGCAGUGUGUGGGUUUCUUCUUUUUUCUCUACUUAUUUGUAUUGACAUAGUGUUCUUAUUCUGUUUUUUCACUUAUUUUUUAUUGAAUAUUUUAUAAAUGUUGUGCUGUUUGAAAGGAGAGCUUGUUAAUAAGCAUUUUGUUGUGCUGUGUACAAUACGCUGUAUCGUGUGCACAUAAAAAAAUUACUUUGAUGUGAUUUGAUUUCACAACAAUGUAUAGUUUUCUACAUGCAGUAAGAUUAUUGAUGUAAAUAAAAGUGUCUGUCUACAAAAUUA